AUGACUUUCAACAACAAAGAUCAGUUUACAGAUGCUGUCAAGGAUUUUGCAAUUCAAACGAAGAAGAAUCUGACAAUAACAAAAAAUGAUAAAAAGAGGGUGGUGGUUAAAUGUGUUGAUGAGUGUCCAUUCUACAUGAGAGCAAGCAAGACUCCCUCAAGGCCUACAUGGCAAAUUGUAAGCUUCUGUAACAACCAUAAUUGCUGCAGGCUAGCCACUAACAGGCAGGCAACGACAUUUUGGCUUGCUAAGAAAUUUAUGCAAAUUCUGAGACACACACCAGAUCUGAAAGUGAGGGGCUUGAUAGAGGAGGCAAGGCUCAGGUGGGGCAUUGUGAUAGGGAGGUUCAAGGCUUACAGGGCAAAGGUGAAAAGUCUGGAGAUGUUGCAUGGUGCAAGUAUGGAGCAAUACAGUCAUCUGAGGCAGUAUGCUGCUGAAUUGCUGAGAAGCAAUCCUGGGUCCACAGUCGUUAUAAAAUCAGCAGUGGGAGUACAUGGGCCAGUCUUUGAGAGGAUCUAUGUCUGCUUUGAAGCUACUAAGACUGCAUUUGCCAAGCAUUGUAGACCCUUAAUUGGGUUGGAUGGCUGCUUCCUUAAGGGACUGUAUGGUGGUCAACUUCUCACAGCUGUAGGCAAAGAUGGAAACAACCAAAUGUUUCCAAUAGCAUUUGCAGUAGUGGAAGCUGAAACUAAGGAUUCCUGGACUUGGUUCUUGAACAUUCUUCUACAUGAUCUGAAUAGUGUUAAACCUCAAAAUUGGGCAUUCAUCUCUGACCAGCAAAAAGGAUUGGUGCCUGCUAUUGCUGAACUGGGUCCAGAUACUGAACACAGAUUGUGUGUCAGACACUUAUACAGUAAUUUCAGGAAGAGGUUCCCAGGAGAAGAGUUGAAGAAUGCUUUAUGGGCUGCUGCAAGGGCUAGCACAGAACCACAAUGGAAAAAUGCUAUGGACAACAUGAAAGAAUUGAAUCAAGAUGCUUGGCUGGAAAUGAUGCAUGUACCUCCUAAGAUGUGGACAAGAUCAGCUUAUAGCACACACACACACUGUGAUCUCCAGGUUAACAACAUGUGUGAGGCAUUUAAUAGGACCAUCCUGGAGCAUAGAGACAAGCCUAUUAUUACUCUGCUUGAGGGGCUCAAAUUUUACCUCACCAAUCGCAUUGUGAAGCAGAAUGAUCUAAUGCUUAGGUGGAGAAAUAGUCAGUUGUGUCCACUGAUUCAGAAAAAGCUUGAUACAAUAAAGGACUAUUCAGAAGGCUGGAGACCUAACUGGAAUGGUGACACUGUACAUGGACUAUUUGAAGUUGAGAGGGACAAGGAUAAGUAUGCUGUCAAUGUUGCUCUCAGGUCAUGCGCUUGUAGGAGAUGGGACCUGACUGGGAUUCCCUGUGUGCAUGCUCUGGCUUGUAUGUGGUAUAAUCACCAUGUUCCAGAGAAUAUGUGGACAUGGCAUACAGGUUAA